GGCCGGACGCGCGGAUCGACGGACCGAGCGGCAGCGGCUGCGAGGGAGCGAGCGAGGCAGGCGGGGAUGUUGCUGCCGCUGCUGCCGCUGGAGAGGUUGCUGAGCGCGCGGGAGCUGCCCGGCGGGAGCCGGCGGUGAGGCGGGCGCCCUGCCUGAGCCAGCAGCAUGUCCCGAAAGAAGAGCCCCAAGACCAAGGGCGGCGGCGCCGGCACCGCCUCGGCGCCCUCUUCUGCCCUGCCCGGCCAGGGCUCCCGGGGCGCGGCGCCGACGGCAGCCCCCAAGGGCGCUGCUGGAGCCGGAGCAGGAGCCCGGAGCGCCCCAGCCCCCGCCGCCGCCGGCUCCUCCACUGCCAACGGGGCGGCGCUGCCCAGCCGACCCUCGCUGAGCUCCAGCGGCGAGUUCUACGACGUCGCCUUCAAGGUGAUGCUGGUUGGCGACUCCGGGGUUGGCAAGACCUGCCUGCUGGUGCGGUUCAAGGAUGGUGCUUUCCUGGCUGGCAGCUUCAUCUCUACAGUGGGCAUUGAUUUCAGGAAUAAAGUCUUGAAUGUGGAUGGUGUGAAAGUGAAGUUGCAGAUCUGGGACACAGCCGGCCAGGAGAGGUUCCGCAGUGUCACACAUGCCUAUUACCGAGACGCCCAUGCUUUGCUGCUGCUCUAUGACGUCACUAACAGAACCUCCUUCGACAACAUCCAGGCUUGGCUGACAGAAAUCCAUGAAUACGCAAAGCAAGACGUGGUCCUGAUGUUGCUGGGAAACAAGGUGGACUCGACCCAGGAGCGAGUGGUGAAACGAGAAGAUGGGGAGAAAUUAGCCAAGGAAUACGGAGUGCCCUUCAUGGAGACCAGUGCCAAGAGUGGUUUGAAUGUCGACUUAGCGUUCACAGCUAUUGCCAAGGAGCUGAAGCACAGAUCUAUGAAGCUGCCCAACGAGCCUCGCUUUAAACUCCACGACUACGUCAAGAAGGAGGUGAAAGGCGCCGGCUGCUGCAGGUCCUAGAACCCGCCUGGCCCAUUUGAGGUUCUGCCCUUUGUACAAAGACUCGCAACCAGCGUCCCACGUCCCCUGCUGCAUCUGUCUAUGCCACUACAUGAUUCCUUCUUCGUG